GCCUAAGCUCUCUCUCUCUCUCCCCUCCAUUCGUUCAAAACUGUAUAGCUGCGAUUUGGUGCCGUCUCUGAGAAUUCACCAAACAGAUCAGGAUGUUUUACUCUCAUCAGCUUUUAGCUCGCAAAGCUCCUCUCGGACAAAUAUGGAUGGCGGCGACGAUGCAUGCAAAGAUCCACCGGCGAAAGCUAGACAAGCUUAAUAUUAUCAAAAUCUGCGAAGAGAUUCUGAAUCCUUCUGUUCCAAUGGCUCUCAGACUUUCUGGGAUUCUCAUGGGUGGAGUUGUAAUUGUUUACGAGAGAAAAGUAAAACUACUUUACGAUGAUGUAACCCGUCUGCUGGUGGAAAUCAAUGAAGCUUGGAAAGUUAAAAGUGCUCCAUCAGAUCCAACGAGACUUCCCAAGGCCAAAGCUCAAGCUAAAUUUGCAUCUGUUACAUUGCCACCAAAUCGUAAUGAAGACCUGGGGGAGGUCGAGGAGUCACUUCCAUAUUCUGAUACAACCACCAUAAUGGAUUUUCAACAAACCUCCUAUUUUGCUAUGAGACUGGAUAACUUGGAUGAUCCCUAUCUAAACCAAAAUCUUCAAGGUGAUCAAGAACAGAACCACCAUCAAGCUGAAGCUGCUAAUAUUACAUUAAAUGACAAUUAUGAUUCGUAUCAGGCAGACACCACAACAUUCAAUCAUUUUGAAAGGUUUGAUGUUGAAGGGGAUGGAGAGACACAAUUGAACUUCACUCCACCAGAACAUGCAGGGAUUCCUAGUAUCAUACCAUCACCACCUCGUCAAGAGGAGCUCCCUAAGUCUGAUGAAGUCCCGGAACGACAUCAUGAGGAGCAAGUCAAGCAGCAAUCUGCAGAAAGCAAGGAAGCUAAUUUGCAGGAUCAAAAGAGGCAGAAAAAUGCUCAAAGGGGGAGGGCAAAGAGACCUGCAGGUCUUGCAAUGGACUAUGAUCAAACUAUCAUUACUGGUCACGUGUAUCAAUAUUGGCUUCAGGAUUCCUCUGAUAUUGUAAGAGAAAGGAGAAGAAAGAGACCCAAGGAUGCCUUGUCCUUGAUGAAGAUAGGCACUGUCAUGGAGUAUCCUUCUGUUGUACUGAUGGAGAAGUUAUUCACAAAUGGACUCUCACAAGUUCACUAUCCAGCGCCUCUUUUGGAAAUGUGGAUAAGAAGUAUCCAACCUCCGCACGAUUCACCUUCUGGUGGAGCCUCUCGUCCUCAACCACCAGAACCAUCUUCAUCAUCUCCACCGGAAAGAAUGCAGUUUUCAGAACCAGCUAGAGAUCCAUAUGAAGUUUUUCACAAUGGAGUUGGCUCGCCUCCAACGAGAAUUUCUAUUGAGAAGCAAAGAGCAAAUGCGCCAAAUAAUGAGAUGCCCCCUGAGGUAUUAAUUGAGGAGCUUAGAGACAAACUACAAAACCAUGGAUUUGGAGCUGUAGAGACUAACGGAGCGAGCGCCUCCAAGGUCAAUCUGAUGGCAACCCCAGCAAAUUCUGGUGAUGGAAUUAGGUCACUCCCCAGCUCAGGAUCGGGGCAUGGUUUUAUCUCACACAACUCAGACACCACAUCAGGAAGGUCUAGAAAAAAAAGACCAUUUCCUACUUCUAAUGACAGUGGAAAUGGCCUCGAACCCGUAGCAGAAGAUCUUUCGUGGGAGCAUCCUGAUCCCAACUUUAAGUUAGCUAAAGUAUCCGAGAAUCAGUUCACAUCAGAUUUUGCAGAUCUUCUGGUAGAAACUGGACCAACACAAACACAGAAGCAGCAGAUCAUUAAUCAGCCACUAGACCAGAUAACCGAUUCUAUCCGAAUGCACUUGAAGACUCAUUUCGACACUCCCGGCAAUGCCAAAGUCGAAUCUCUAAACCAAUUAGCUUUAGGGAUGAACAGAAAGAGAGCAGCAUGUCUUUUCUACCAGACUUGUGUUCUUGCUACACGAUACUGCAUAAGAGUUGAACAGAAGGUGCCGUAUGGAGACAUACUAAUUUCCAGAGGUCCAAAGAUGUGAAAAUAGCAGAUGCUUUCUAUCUAUAUAGGAGUGGAAGAUUAUUAUUUUUCAUGAGAUUUAGUCGUAGCCUUACUUAUAAAGAUUACUUCUUAGGACCUUUAUAAAAUAUCAUUUUUUAAGGAUAUAACGUGAUAAGAGGUUUUGUAAUGGAAUCUAAUCUCCAUUAUAUAUCUUGGAAUUAGGGAGCAGAAAUGUAUUAUCAUUGCAUCAAGGUUUGGGCCUUUUUCAUUCACCAACUCAG